AAUCCCCAAAAAUUAAAAUUGACAAUGCAUUGUAGCUGCGCUAGCACUGGUGAUACAUCUUUAUAUGUUGAAGUUCAUUGGUACGAAUUGUCGAGCCACCAUGGCUCCCAUAGCUUUAUUUACAUUCAUGAAGAUGACUAGUAGAAUUUCAUUAUAUAGAAAAUUCCUUAUGUAUUUAUAAAGAAUACUACCCACUCGGUUUUCCAUACGCGCGAGUGGGUGCUCAGUUCGUGGCUUGCAGCGAGUCGGGCUGGACAAAGAAUGCAAUCGCGAUAAUGACGUAUCUGUGAGAUCGAGAUUGUUAGCUGCAAGAAAGCCACUGUGAAGAACAUCAGAUACGUACGUGGCAACUAGAAGCAUGCCCUCAAAGUAGUUUGUCUUUCCGCCUCGAACGAGACAGCUGACGACCAAGGUAGACAUGGUCAGGACAAUGGUCUCAAAAGUGUCAAACUGAAGCGACAUCUUUUUGUUGUUAAUCCAGCCAACAAUGACAAGAAAUGGCGUAACAAAUAGCGAGAUCUGCAACGUGGCGCCGACAAUGACAGAGACGGCCAAAUUGAGACGGUUGGUUUUGGACCACUGAAUGGCGCCAACCAAGCACCCACCAUUGCCGACAAUUGGCACUAUAAUAAGACCGAUAAAGCUUCGACUGAUUCCCAGUGCUUCGACAAACCCGUCGACGCUGUCCACGAGCGCAUCGGAACAAAAUGCCACACCAAGAGUAGCUAGAAUGAGCACGACGCAGCUAGACAGUCCAUGAAGCUUGUCUGUUGGCUCAUCCUCUUCUUCGGCGAACAGCUCGGCGUGGGUAAUAGCUUGGAAGUAUAGGUAUAGCAGGUAAAAGACCAAAAGAAUUAUAGACGUAAUUCGUGACAGCGUGAGAAUAUAGUCGUUUGGGUUACUACUCGAGUAGCUUCCUUCGGGAUCGGCGAUGUGGAGUGCAGAGGGCAUAAUGAGCGAUGCACAGGAGAUAAUCAUCAAUGAUGUCAGAAUCCCCGCCACGUCCACGUUGAUGUCGACGGUUUGUUUGUUUCGGCCAGCUAGAAAAAAGGAUGUGCCGAGAAUCUGAUAUCAUAUUAGCGUAGGAGUUAUUUCGCACUGGGGGCGGUGAGCAUACUAAUAGAAUCGACGACAGAAUACUGCCAAUCAUACUGGACUGCACAAUCGCAAUCUCACCCUCCUUCAAGGCGCUGAUGCCAACCUGCAAUUUGUCAGUUACACCAACAUAGCCAAUUGGACCAAGACAAAAAAAAUAGCUUACAAUCAUUUCGACAGCAUUGCCAAAUGUCGCAUUAAUCAGGCCACCAGCGACCGAGCCAACAACGGCAGCAAGCUGCUCCGUAGCAAAGGUGAGGAUAGAAGCGAGGGGCAGCAUAGCGAGAAAGUUGAGCGCAAAGAUUACCGCGGGUGACCAGCCCCAGCUGCUACCCAUGAGGCCAAGCGGGACGCAUAUCAGGAGGAUAUUGGAGCUUCCUAAGCGAAUUGUUGCAUUGAGCGCGUGUUUGAAUUCUGCAGUGAAUGCUGAAAUAUAGUUUGGCGGGCUUGUGUGCGUGGUAGAGAGUAGCGGCGUAGCCUCGCCAUGGCCAUUCGCAGUAGGCCGGGCAGUCAUGGCGAGAGAAGAGAAGAGAGGAAGAGAAAGAAGCUGUGGGAUAUCUGGGAGAAAGGACGAAUGGCAGAGAAUUAAUCUUGAUGCAGCGCAGUUAUGUUGUCGACAUUUGCAUGGCACAGCAGACAAAGCAAACAAACACAACCAAAAUGAUGAAGAGAGAGAACAACGGCGGGAAGAACAAAUGGGCCGUUUGGGGCGUGUCUGGCAUCGGCAACCGGCACAGGCUGGGCUGGCUGCAGGGGGGGUCAGCGCUGCAUGACCCAUACUUUGUGCACUGCCCCGUGAGUGUGUGCUCAGCUUUGACGCACACGCAAACACACCUCGCAUUGGCUGUUAUCGUUGGCUGCAGCCUGUUUUAUUUGUUUUUGGGGGGGGCCUGGUCAAUCCUUCUCUCCAUCUUGAAAGCGUCGUUGAUAAUAAACGGCGUAGAGGUGGUAAUCGACGGGCAUCACCCCAAUCUGCCCAUACACAGCCAAUGGACGCCAAAACAUCUGACACAAUCGACUCCUCCUUGGAUGCUACUGCAACUCCCGCGGAACAACAGCCUUCUGUUCGGCGUCGAGCGCAACUGAAACCUGAAGCAGCAGCAGCGCCUUCAUCGUCACUAGCAGCAGCAGCAGCAUCAGCUACAGCUUCAACCAAGAUGCGUGGCAAUUCCCCUAACUCGUCGCCUCUCCUCCAACAGCAGAGAGAAGACGAUGCUCAGAGUUCUGAUGAUGACAUCAGAUCGGCGCGGCUGGCGAGAACAUCGUCGAUGCCCCGGCUGCUGAGAUCGGAGACGUCUCGCGAGCUCAACAACAUUCUCAACAAUACUCACUAUGGCCCUAUCAAAUGGAUGCUGUUGGUCGUGCCGGUCGCGAUACUUGCUGGCGUCGUAUCUCCACCAUCGCCGCUGAGCUUUUUUCUCAACUUUCUGGCCUUGCUGCCGCUAUCGGCAUUGAGCAUUCUUACCAUUCUCGUUUUGACGAAAAAUGCUGGUGUAUCUGGUGGUGUCCUCCGAGCAGUAUUUGGAAACAUCACCGAGUUGGCUCUUAGUAUUACAGCGCUGUUCCACGGCAUCAGUCGGCUUGUGUUGCAAAUCACAAUUGGAAGCACACUGAUAUAUUCGCUCUUUGUCCUGGGAGGCUGCUUCUUAUGCGCCAGCUUUGGAAAACGAGACGCCGAGUUCAGUAAAAGUAGAACCAGUCUCAUGUCGUCCCUCAUCAUGGUCACAACCUUUUGCCUAAGUAUCCCUACGGCCAUGUCCCGGUCAGGAAAAGGAGGUGUGCAAAUUCCCAUCGUCGGUUCGCUUGGCAAACACGAAGAGACGCUUGUCUUGUCCCAUCUAACCGCUGUUGUUUUGUCCUUCCUGUUCCUUGCUUACAUUGCGUUCCGAUUCUUGACACACGACCAAUUCUUCCCUAGAAACCCCAACGCCAUGCAGUUUAAUGUUAGUGGGCGCGCCCCUUCAUUGCCUGCUGGCCGUACUCAGGAGGCCAGUGUUCUCACCCUAAUCGCUGUUCUCGUUACGAGCAUCUCAUGCACUGGCCUUUGCGCAAACUUUGUAAUUGUCAGUAUCAAGCCUACAGUCGACACUCUGCACGUCACGCAGAGCUUCAUUGGGCUGGUAGUGCUGCCAUUGACUGCAAGCUUUGCCAAGUCGGUUACAAUUAUCCGACAUGCUCGCUCCGAUAACAACACUGUCGUUACAGAGAGAAUGAGCAAGCUCGACUUUGCUAUCCGAUCCGUCAUGACAAACGUGCUUGAUACCCUCCUCUUCAUCAUGCCCAUGCUGGUACUGAUAGGAUGGGUCGCCCACCGGCCCAUGGUGCUUUUGUUUGAACUCUUCGAGGUCGUAGUGUUCGUCUUGGCCAUUAUUAUCAUGUCCUACCUAGUGCAGCAUGGCAAGACGACGUAUUUUGAGGGAUGCAUGCUUAUGGGAUCAUAUCUAUCGAUUGUCGCCGCAUUCUACGUUCGUCCCGAAUCUGCUGGAUCAAUAGCCAGUGCCUAUAUUCCCUUCUAAAAAGCCGAAUACCCUUACUGUUAAUGUCGGAUAAAAUAUGCGACGGAAAUAAUUGCAUAUCUGCAAAAUUUUAGUUAGAAUCAGUUGAAAUAGAACAAAGGUUCAAAACGACCAAAAACUUACACGCAAAGAAACAUGACUCCGUGCAGAUAUGUAUAAUGCCGAUCCUGCAGCACCUGGUUGACAAGAAUGACGGCAAAGAGCAGGACGUAUGUCUGCGAUGAAUCAAAGUAGAGAUCCAUGGGGCGACCCAUGGCCCAUCCAAUCAUUACAAGACAGGGCAGCACAAACAGUGCGAUUUGCAAGAUGCUGCCCACAAUGACGGUGAUGGCAAAGUCGACCUUUUGCUUCUUUGCAGCUGCAACAACUUGGGACAGCUCUGGUGCAUUGCUAGCGAUGGGGAUGAUGAUCAGAGCAACAAAGGCUUUGGUGAUGCCCAACGCCUCUGUCAGCCCGUCCAAGCUUUCCAUGAAGUAGUGCGUGCAAACGCCAAUGAGAAUGCCAGAUGUAAUGAGAACGGCAAAAGCAAUUCCAACCUGUCUCAUCGAGGGGGUGUCGUCGUCAUCACUGGCCAUUUCACAGUCGCUUCCACUCCUCUGACUUGUGCCAUCCGUAGAACCGAGGUGCUGAAUAUCAUCAUGGUCAUCGUCAUCGGUAACUUCCGUAAACAUUUCCGAAUGGGUAAUAACUUGGAAAUAAAUGUAGCUCAUGUAAACAAUCAACAAUACGGCAACUGUGGCACGACUGUAAGAAAGGAUCGUCUUUUCAAAGUUACGACCUUUAUCGAUGACGUUGGCAUAGAGAGCAGUGGGCAGGACGAGUGCCAUGGCCGCAACAAGCAUCAGAGACGAGAGCAUGUCAACGACACUCGAGUUGACGGCAACAACUCCCUUUGUACGUGUGGCUGCAAUAAUGCAAAAUCCCUGGACC